AAAUGUUCGAGGGGAUGGGGGAAUAAUAUUCGAUAAACUCAAGUCUUUUUUUUUUGUCAUUGCUAAUUCACGGCAUUCAACAUUGAUCAACAACUCGAGACAUGGGAAUCGACGCAAACCCGCCUACACCCUUGGUGCAAGUGACCGUUCAGGCAGACUGGACUGACUUGAUUGCUGAAGUACUCCGACAUAACAGCACAGGAACCUUUUGGAUCUCUUGUUAUAGAAGAGGAUCUCCUUCCAUCCAUGGAUCUGCAAAAGUGUCUGUUGUUGAAGACCACAAAGUGCAUUUUACUGGGCAUGACGGUAUCGAACUUGAAAGGAUUACAAACUAUUCCUUCAAGGUCAAAAUCCCUGAAUACGAAAACAUAGAGAUAGAAGUAUAUGGGACUGGCAGAAGAACCAACUUUGCAAAGAUUUCCUCACUGGAUGUGUCGCCAGAAGGAGCAUUAUUUGUCAUUGGAACAGAGGAUGGAACUAUCAGAAUCGGAGAAUCAGAGACAGGACGUAUCACUCAAGAGCUCAAGGGUCAUAUUCAAUACGUCAACACAUGUCGAUUCUUUCCUUCUGGACAAGUUGUCCUCAGUGGAGGUGGCGAUUUCUUGCUAAAGAUUUGGUCCGUAUUGGAUGGAAGCUGCCCUGUUACUAUGAGGGGUCAUGUUAAACCCGUCACGGACACCGCCAUUGUCGAUAGAGGACGCAAUAUCCUGUCAUCUUCGAAUGAUGGAACUGUCAAGCUUUGGGAGGUUGCAUCUGGAUCAACUAUUCGAACGCUUGCACAGCAUAAAGAAAAGAUUAAUGCUAUAGCUGUAGACACUUGGAGAACACCACUGGACUCAAAGUUAUUGUUGGAUCCAAGAGAAGUAGGUACUGAAGGGAAGCUGGUCAUUGCGGCUUCGGAGUCUGGAUUUUUAUAUGGUCUUGAUGUACGGGCCUCAGAGGAGGCAUUUAAUCGAAAAUCAUACAACAAAACACCAGUUCGCGCUUGCGCGUUUUCUGCUCAGCAUUCCUUGAUUGCAACGGGAACAUCAGAUGGCGUUGUCGAGCUAUUUGAUAUUCGCAAGUCAAAUGAGAUGCUGAAUAGGUUUCAGCAUAGCUCUGCAGGGAUCUCAAGCCUCAUUUUUGGCCCAUCAAUUGACUCUUUAGAACAUGGCGGUCCACGUUUGAUUGUUGGCUCUGAUGAUAGCGCUCUGUAUGAGAUUCGAUCGGUGAGAGAAUCAAUUGUUCAGGUUGAACGGGAAUAUGUUGGCUAUGAUCUGGAUGGACCAGCUCAUGCAAGGCUCGUUGGAGGAGGCCCUGCAGUGAUUGCAGUUGCGAAGGAGGGUGGUCUACUGCGCUUUGGCAGUGGAACACAGCCCAUCUAGUUUUCUUUUUUCCGCACUGACAUGAGGUGCAUGCAGAACCACUGUAGUCUUUGUUAACCUGCGCGUGAAGAAAGAGGGGGGGUCAAAGAAGGACAAGAAAAAAAUAAAAAAAUAAAUAAAGGGGGAGAAAGAAAGA